AUGUACAAAUGGUACCAGUCAAGUGGCACUGUUGUGAUCAGUUUCCAAGUGCCAGCGAAUACAACUAGCGGCGACAUAGUCUCAGAAUUGGGCACGAACAACUCAAUCAAGAUUGGAUUGAAAGGCUUCACUCCACACCUGCAGGGUACACUAUUGUUGGCUGGUAAAGCAUGUAGUGCAAUGAUCAAAGAGGAUCGCGCCUUGAUCCAUAUAGAGAAGACUUUGAAGAAACGUUGGAACAAGCUAUUGAACAAGUCGACUGCAGUAUUAAGAGCGAGGGUGCUCUAUGACUAUGAAGGCAAUGGUGACGAGGGCGAGCUGGCUCCACUCUACACUCACGAGAUCAUAGCAAUCACCGAGAAGGAUGAGUCUGGCUGGUGGGAAGGUCGACGAAAGAACCAAGUUGGAAUAUUCCCCAGCAAUUUUGUCCAAGAAUUCGAUGUGGACUACCAAGGAACCGAAGAUAUCAACAUGUCUUAUGAGUUUUCCAUGAUGGAAGAUGGCAAGAUUGAGAAGAUUCCUUGCUUUGGAAAUAUUAAUUUGAAGUUGGGAGGUGGUGAACGAUCACCCGUGAUGAGGACAUAUUCCCAACAACUAUCAGUGGACAGUAGCAAGAGUUCAUCAUCUCCAUCAACAUCACCAAUAGGCUCACCAUUACAGGAGAGGGCGGCAAAAGAUGACAGCAAGUUGACAAACCUCUGGAAGCGCCCACUGAAGAAGUUGUCCAAUGUCAUUGCCAGAGAGAGCAAUGGAGCAGGUGAUGGAGUAUCAUCAACAUCACCUCCAAAGGAAACUGUAAAGACUGUCAUAUGCAGAGCCAGGGUCAAGUUUGAAUAUAAGACAGACCUACCUGGAGAGCUAUCACUCAGAGUUGGAGAAGUAGUCAGUGUCGUUGCCAAGGACAACUCAGGCUGGUGGCAAGGUGUAAACUCAGCCGGACAGCAGGGCUGGUUCUCACAGACCUUUGUCGAGGAGGUCAAGGAUCCUGUCCUUCCACCAACCAAGUCAUCAACAUCUCCUCUCCCCUCAUCACCCAUCCAGCGCCCUUCCAACAAAUCUGUUACACCAGCAUCAGUGGAGACCAAGCUGAAAGCAAUCAAGGAGACACCAAAGUUGGAACAUGUUAGGAGACCAGCUGCAGCGAGGGGUAGGCGACCACCAACAAGAAUGAGAGCAACAUGUAUUCUCACACCCGAGGAGAGAGAGGAACGUGAUAGGCUCAAGUCAGAGUACAACGAGAUUGUGUCUUCAAUGACAAAGAAUGAAGAUGUAGUCAGUGGUGGAAAUGGAGGUAGCGAGAAUGAGGAUGAUCCAGAGAUUCAACAGAUUAUGUCAAUCAUUGAUGUACCAUCGAUAACAGUUAACUCUAAUAAUGGAUCUGGACAUAGUAAUGGACAUGGACAUGAUAGAUUAUCAAGGUAUUCAACACUUCCAACUAGACGAUCAGUGAUGUAUGAUAACCUGGAAAUGGACAUCGUGCCAGGUCCAACUCAACAAGAUCCAACACAAUCACCAUCACCAACACCAUCACCAGCUCCAUCUCCAACAAAGCCAGCACCACCACCUGUGGCCAAACGACCAGCCCUCAAACCAAGGGCGUCAGUUGCUUGCAUUGAACAUUCGGCCACGAUGGCUUCGUCCGCUCCAGCACCAUUCGCACCACCAACAUCACAAUCCCCACUCCAACAUCGAAGAGACAUAGACAAGGAGCCAAUCAAACAGGUGUCCAAGCAAGAUCCUCCUGGUGGCCAAGCCAUUUCCAAGCCCAUAGUGACACCACCUCAAUCAUCCGUUGAGACAUUGUUCAAAGAGCUACCAGCUAUCACUAAUCAUCUGGCCAGCAUUCAUCUACCCAAGGCAACAUUCGAACACCUGGCACACCCACUCAUUGAUGACUUCAUGUCGAUUGCCGCAUGCUCAGUGCAAGGUAGACGUUGGAACAGUGGCGACUUGUCCACAGCAAAGUCGAAGGACGAGGUCAAGGUGCCAGCCUUCCAAGUCAUCUGGCCAGUACUCUACAGCAUGCUCUGUGAUGAGUUGGGCGUGGACGAGGUGCGACGCGCUAUUGACUCGCAUCCCAACCCCAUGGUGCGCAACCCAUUCACAUUGGCUGGCGCCCUUGUCCAGACCUACCUCUAUUCGCAGCGUUGUCCAAAUGCAUCACAACGUUUGGCUCGCGUACUAUCCAAGUUGCAACAGGUCAUUGGAUGUGAAGACCCAGUCACAUGUGACCUCGUGUCCUACCUCUCCCAGCGCAGCAUGGUAGCGAGCAACCAUGGUCAAGGCGAGCUUGGCAACACAGCCAGCAUCCUACAGAAUGCUGUGCUACACAAGUUGCAGCACUAG